AUGUUUGGACAAGUGCGCACGAACCGGUCGACGGUCCUUAUGGCCGGCACCGUUAUUUUCCUGGUCGCUUUUGUUAGCCUGGCCUACAACCAUCUCGACAAGUGGGAGCCUCCCGCUGACGUCGCUACCGACACCGAGACAUCUAUCAUUGGUGAUACCCACGACGAGCCCAAGAAGACUGAGCCCGAGCAACCCGAGCAGCACGGCGCCAUGUCGAAACCCGACCACCCUUCCAACGCCUCCACCGAGCUCGGCGACUACUACUUCAACUACAUCAUGAAGGCCCGCAUCAGCCCUGCCGACAAGAAGUACGCCCCCUACGGCGCUUUCCCCAUGGAGCUCCCCGCCGAGCCCAAGUGGACUGAGAUGAUUGGCGAGGACCUCUGCAUUAUCGAUCUUGACAACCGGCCUUUCGAUGAGCCCGGCCAGAUCUUCUCCCCCGGUCUGAUGAGCUGGGACCGUGCUGAUGAGACCCACGGUCUGUCCCUCGGUGUCCUGAACCACUGGCUCUAUGCCAAGAACCACGGUUACAAGUACUACUACGUUGACAUCACCGAUCCCUUUGAGGAUCGCCGCAACUCAUGGAAGAAGCCCCCGAUUCUGUCCAAGAUCCUCAAGAAGCACAAGGCCUGCAUCUUCCUUGACUCCGAUGCCGUCUUCCACCACCUCGACCUGCCCUUUGAGUGGCUCAUGAACUACUGGCAGCUCCACCCCGAUACCAACUCUCUCGCCCUUGCCUACGACCCUCACCACAAGAACAACAUGGACAAGUUCGACAAGGUCUACCUCAACACCGGCUUCAUCGUUCUCCAGAACAACGAGAAGACCUUUGAAAUCCUCAAGGAGUGGGAAGACUGCCCCAACGAGGGUGGCAAGCACCCCGACUGUGUCGAGUUCCGAAAGAACCGCCCCGGAAAGCCCACCGACCAGGGUGGCUUUGGUACCUACAUCCGCUACGACUACCCCAAGGACAUCAAGGAUCUCCCCUGCACUGAGGCCAACGGUUUCCCCGAGAGUCGAUCUGGCUGCGACGGAAAGUUCAUCAAGCAUCUCUGGACCGGCAAGAAGGACCACAUCAAGGUGGUCAUCGGCCAGCAGGUCCCCGGUGCUCUGCUGGAGAUGUUUCACAAACAGUUCAUGGACGAGAAGCCAAAGUUCUUCAUCUCCGAGCGAGACCUGAUGGCCCAGAAGGAUUAA